CCCGAGUUUCUCUCCAUUCUUUGGUUGUAGUUCCGUUAUUGUGAUGUGAUGUGGUAUGGUGUGGUGUAGUGUAGUGGGUACGUCGUUCAUUGCCGAGUUUGAGGCUUGUGUCGCAGGUACCCUGCAAACGAAGUCUUCGUUUCCUCUCAUCUCCCACCUCCGAGAGGUCGCGUGUUUAGAGCGAGUUGCGGAAACUCUUGGUUUCUGAGUCUGCGUUGUUGUGCACUGUACGAGCGAGAACAGUGCUGAUUUCGUUUUGGAGAAGCGUCAGUAUGUUACGGGGCAUCUGAGUGUCUCUCUUGGCUUAUUUUUUGGUCUGUAAGAUGAUAUCGUUGGAAGUUGAACAAUCUUGUGCGCCAGUGUUCAAGUUGCUGCAGAUGAUGGUGGGAAGGUAGCAGUGAUGGCUUGCUGAAUUGGAGGCUGCGUAGGGGGACGAAGAUGCAGAUCUUCUGGAAGCAGUACUGGUGUUUCGGGAGGUCCAAGACACAGAAGUCUUCAGCAGGCGGCAAGAAAGCAGGGGCAUGGCGCAUAUUUUCGCUGCGAGAGUUGCAUGCCGCUACAAACAACUUCAACUAUGAUAAUAAGCUGGGAGAGGGAGGAUUUGGAAGCGUCUACUGGGGCCAGCUUGCGAGUGGUGACCAAAUUGCCGUGAAAAGGCUUAAAGUAUGGAGCACGAGAGCCGAGAUGGAAUUCGCUGUGGAGGUUGAGAUUUUGGGCCGCGUCAGGCACAAGAAUUUGCUAAGCUUACGAGGUUACUGCUCCGAAGGCCAGGAACGCUUGAUUGUAUAUGACUACAUGCCCAAGCUGAGCUUGCUGACGCAUUUACAUGGACAAUUUGCGGCCGACUCCACCCUAACCUGGCCGAACCGAUUCAAAAUCGCCAUUGGAACUGCGGAGGGGCUCGCGUACUUGCACCACCAUGCGACACCCCACAUCAUCCAUCGUGAUGUCAAAGCCAGCAACGUUCUUUUGGACGAGAAUUUUGAAGCCCUUGUAGCCGACUUUGGAUUUGCGAAGCUGAUACCUGAUGGAGCAACACAUGUAACAACUGGAGUAAAGGGAACCUUGGGCUAUUUGGCACCCGAGUAUGCAAUGUGGGGCAAAGUCUCCGAAAGCUGCGACGUCUACAGCUAUGGAAUCUUGACUCUGGAGCUCAUCAGUGGGAAGAAGCCCAUUGAAAGAGUUGGCCUUGCAAGAAGAACAAUUGUGGAAUGGGCCGGACCUCUAGUGUUGCAAGGGCGGUACCGUGACCUGGUUGAUCCCAAGUUGCAAGGCAAGUUUGAUGAAGAGGAGCUAAUGAGACUUGUACAGGUUGCAGCCCUUUGUGCUCAAAACUCCCCUGAUAAUAGACCCACAAUGCUAGAGGUCGUGGAGAUGCUUAAGGGGGACGCCACUGAUCCUUCGAAGCAAUCAUUACCAGAGAAAGCGAACGGUGCAUUAAAGAUAGAGCCCGUGAAGUAUGAUCCUGCCUUAUUGGCUGCUGAUGAAACCCCCGGAUACCUUGGCUCCAGAAAAUCUGCUUUAACCACUGGCUGAAUUCAAAUGCUUGUGAGCUUUCUGGAGCUUUCAUGGUCAUUCCUCUUUCGAUUAUUCUAGGGAUUUCCGAGCUAAGUGCGGGGUGCCUAAUUCUGCUCGUAUGGAGACGUGUAUGACGGAAUUUACGUCAAGGGAAGAACAUGGUUGGAGUAGCUCUGCCAAGUAUAUAGUAAUCAAUCAACCUCGGAUGUAGGGAGUUCUAGUGUUCUGAGCUUUAACUGUCUCGAAUUUAUUGCUGAAUCAUAUCGGCUCUAAAAGUAAGCGUGUGGAUUUUAUGCAUUUGUUGAUUCUUUGGUUGUAGUUUUUAAUCUUGAGAGCUUACUUAUCUUAUGUACAACCCUUAUCGCUUACAAGAUCUGUGCUUGUGAACAGAGGGGAAAGACCAGGCAUCCAUGUUAUACUACUUUGAGCAUUCCACACAUCCUCAGAUUGCGUAGCUUUCUUUUGUAAGACGGUUUCCUAAGUUGCAAACGGCAGAAUUAGUGAAGAUUGUAAGUUAGUGUUGAUGUUGUGCUGAAUUGAGGUGAAAUGAGGUUCACAAUCGUUCACAGAUUUGUAGUAUUUUGGGGCUGACGAUUGAAGUGACCAUGAAGAACCGUAUUUUAUUUUUCAAGUUCCGUCAUGUCGAUGACGGCCUUUCAGAAAUUUGUUUGCAACUUAGCAAUGCAAAUCUAUCUGCUGAAAGCUGAUGUGUUAGUAAUUUGCUGCUGCUGAAGACAUUGCAAGUAUAUAACUUUUACACUACUAAUCCUAGUCUAUAGCCCUGUUUGCCCAUUAUUAUAGAGCAAUAACGAAGCUUAAUUUGAA